AUGGAAGCGGGCGAUUCGAUUCACAAUGUGUUCAGUAGCGAUCGCCUGUGGGAACAGUCUUCCUUUUUUGACGUUAAAGAAGAGUCAUCGCUCUUCACCCCGCUGCAGCUAGACAUCGCUGCCAUCCGUUUCGACCAUCCAUAUGCACCCAAACAUGACCUCGAACAUGAACUGCGACUACCAGACCUCGACACAUUCGAGUUUGGCCCUUUGCCGGACCUGGAGAGUCUGGAUGAGUACAGCAUCGUCAUUGACACACCGCCCCUCGAGCCCGACGAAGAUGUUUGGCAGAUAGCGCUUGACCAAGGGCCCGCCAACAAAGACGUCCUGUUCUACACAUGGGAGUCUUUUGAGAAGAGGGAGAAUAUCGACACCCCAUCACCGUACCUUACCGAACACGGCCCCGAGGCCUUUGAUGCCGCACUAGUACGCGAUGACGAGAAUCAAAGUGCUGGGAGGAUACUCAAAGCCGACAUUCUCCUACAGUCGCUCUGGAACCUCGGGCUGGGCCGGUCAUCUAUCCUCUUUCGCUUCAAUCCCAAGUCGAAAUCCUUUGAGCCCACCAUACCUCAGGGGCGAGCGUCAGGACUGAGUCUGCAGAUUGCCCAGAGCUUCAUUGCCUAUUUCACCCAUACUGGUAAUACGUUUCUGUAUUUGCGAUCCUUUGCCGAGCGUACUUUUGCUUCUGCUGCAUCCAUACCCGCAAAAGUUGCCCUGGCUACGUCUGUAUCAAGCAUUCUCGCCAGUCUAGAACAUGCCCUGGGUAAACAGUCUUCCAAGAUUCGGUCUUUGAUCCAGCUACAGCACCAAUUUGCGAAGCCUCGAAGCAUCCUAAUACACGUUGCACGCAUGGUCGAUGCUGUCAAGCACGCAAAGACUAACGAGCAACUCUCUUCCAUUCUGCAUCACCGUCUUUUGGAAAUCGAGGAGGGAGACGAUCAACUCCGCCAGCUGUCAUGUCAGUUGCUCUGUCAAGUAGCUAGACCGAGCCUGGAGCUGCUUGGUGAAUGGAUGGGCAUACGAAAAGAGCAGGCAGCCCUACCCAUCUGGCAACGUGACAGCUUCGUGACGGUAGAAGAGACUGCUGGUGAUACAUCGGCGGUUGAGUAUGUAUACAGAUCUGAAAUGAUGCCGAGAUUUAUAUCUCCCGAAGACGGAAAUAUGAUAUUCGAGACUGGAAACAGUCUUCGCUUCCUAAAGACACAGCAUCCGCAUCACCCACUUGCUCGCCUGGACGGACUGGCUGUCCAGCCACCAGAUAUGGAGUGGGCUUUCCAGUGGCAGCAAGUGGAGAAAUUAGCAGAGAAAGCAAAAGCUUAUGAAGAGAGGCUGAGGCAAGCACUGUUGGCCUUUGGUGCAGGCCACGCCGACGCCGUAGACACCCUUCCUAUCCCAUCUACACCAGCGCCAGCCGCAGAACUUUCAGUUGACACUCAAAAUCUUGAUCAGUACUUUAAAGACUCUAUUCAAAUGAUGGAUGCCGCUCCCAAGUUGUCUUCAGAGACUUUACCUGAUGAGUUGCAGCUUCUCAUGGAAAGCAUUCUCGACGCGACUCGCGAGAAAGACGACGCAAACUCCAGCACAUUCUCACCACCAAUGUCUUUAGCCUCCACCUUGUCCUUUCGCCCGCUCAUUAGGGCGCAAGCAAAGCUUGUGAACGCAGCUACAGUUCGUCUGUUCUUCCGUUCUCAUCAACUGCGUCUACAUCUGUCUUUACAGCGACAGUACCACCUACUUGGUGAUGGUGUCUUCUCAUCACUUUUAGCGACCGCUCUCUUCGACCCUAAUCGUGAAAGCGCUGAGCGGCACAAAGGAAGAAUGCGUAGUGGAGUGCACAUGGGCCUGCAGCUGGGAUCUCGCAAGUCAUGGCCGCCAGCAAGUUCAGAACUCCGGCUGGCAUUGAGAGGGGUACUGAGUGAAAGCUACUACUCUUCUGCGCUCUUUCAAUCCACACAAAAAGACGGCCAGAUAUCCGCGCCCAAAACACACCUGCACAACAGAGACAAUGACGAACUCCCAGGACAACUCAACUUUGCUAUUCGUAACCUCACCGAGGCAGAGCAAGAAAAGGUCAUGGAUCCAGACGCCCUACCUGCGCUGGACUUUCUACGACUGCAAUAUGUGGCGCCGCCUCCACUGAACCUUAUCAUCACGACCACCGCACUAGACAAGUACGACUAUAUCUUCAAGUUUCUACUGCGGUUAUUGCGUAUGCUCUUUGUGGUUUCGCAUCUACCGCGCGAGUAUCCUGACCGCGACUCUCGAUACUUGAGGAUGGAAGCAUAUCACUUUGUGAUCGCGCUGACCAACUACGUUUUCCAGACCGGGAUUGCCGAGCCCUGGAACGAAUAUGAGCGCUUCGUCUCCAAAGUCGAAGCCCGUCUUGAUCAGGAAGACGUAGCUGGUGAGCUAGGUGUGCGCGUUACAGAAGGCGUUGCCUCGUUGCGUGAUGCUCACGAAAAGUGCCUUGAUAGUAUUCUCUUUGCACUAUUGCUCCGCAAACGCCAGCGCAAGGUCAUGGCGCUUGUAGAAGAAAUAUUCGAGCACAUUCUUCUCUUUUCUAAGAUGCAGAAUUCGAAGACACAUGGAAGCCAAGAAAGUGUCAAGAGUCUCUAUGCCAAGUUGAGGGGCAAGAUACGCGUUUUUUUCAGCGUUUGUCGAGGCUUGACGGGCAAGCAGAGCUAUGGCAAGGGAAGAGGCACGGCAGAGGAAAACUCCAUGGAGCGACUCGUCAUUGCUAUGGAGAUGAAUGGUUAUUUUGCUGUAUCGUGA